UAAGUUAGUCCACACACUCAGACCGGUGGAGGUACCAGAGCAAACACCUCUCCCACUCCUUCACAGAGACUCUCCCUGACGUUCACUGUCUCUUCCACACAGGGAGCUUGUUUCACUGAGGAGUAGUCCCCACUGCUGGCAAAGUGUUUCACCUAAUUUCACGUGAAGUGUAGCAGAGCGUCAGCUGCCAGCGGAGGUCUGCGCAGCUUAGAAGAGAGGAAAGCAGAGUGCACAGGGAUUCACUCGCAGACCCAUCCUGUUGAUGAACUAUAGGCUUGGUGGCUGGAAAAUGAGUCUCCGGUGGCUGGACAGCGUUUACCGGUGCAACCACUGACCUCCACCGCUGCAGAUGCCUUCAGCUGGAUGCUGAAAGCCUAGGAUGGAAGACCAACCAAGCUCUGCUCCGAGGCACAACGUCAUUCCCACAUCAUCACUUGUUCUGGCCUCUUCUGGCCCAGCCGGCCGCUUCACUCGCAUCUCCAACCAGACAGGGAGCACUGCCAACGGUUGACCAAACUCCAGGAUGUUUCUGACCUACCGCCGGUUUCGAAGAUGCCCGUGUGUUCAACUGAUAACCACGUGCCUGGUGCUGUCAGCGGUGAUGGUGUGCUGGGAGCAGCUGGAUGCCAACGUCGUCAGCCACGUCAAGUCCUACUCCUUCCGCUACUUGGUCAACAGCUUCAGCUCCAUGAACCGGAGCCUCACAAUUCCUCGUGAGCAGGCCAGAAGAUUCAGUGACUUUCCCUACCUGCUGGACCACCCGGACAAGUGCGUCGGCAAGGACGUCCUCCUCCUGCUGUUUGUCAAAUCCUCCCCGGAGAAUAUCGAGAGACGGAACGCCAUCAGAUCCACUUGGGGCAACGAGACCUACAUCCAAAACAAUCUGGGUGUGACGGUCAAGGUGGUGUUCGCCUUGGGUGCGAUUCAGACUAAGACAGAUGAGCCUUCGUGGAGCAGGAGGAGCGGUGUCGGGUUCCAGGAUCAGCUCAUCAAGGAGGACCAUCUGUACGGUGACUUGAUCCAGAAAAACUUUUUGGACUCCUUCCACAACCUGACACUGAAACUGAUCCUGCAGUUCCACUGGAUGCACAGUCGCUGCGCUCACGCCCGCUUCUUCAUGACCGCAGAUGACGACAUCUUUGUCCACAUGCCAAACCUGGUGGGCUACCUGCAAGACAUAAGCAGCCGAGGCGUCACCGACUUCUGGAUCGGUCGAGUGCACAGAGGGUCGCCGCCUGUUCGCAGCAAGCACAGCAAAUAUUACGUUUCCUCAGAGAUGUACCAGUGGUUUUCUUACCCCGACUACACAGCCGGAGCCGGCUACGUCAUCUCAGGUGAUGUAGCGGACAAAAUCCACCAAGCCACAUUGACUCUGAACGCCUCUCUUCACAUAGAUGAUGUGUUCAUGGGCAUCUGCGCCAACUCCAUCGGUGUGUCACCACAAGAGCAUGCCUACUUCUCAGGGGAGGGCAAGGCGCCUUAUCACCCCUGCAUCUACAAUCAAAUGAUGACAUCCCAUGGCCAUGUAGAGGACAUUUACGAACUGUGGAAGACGGUGAUAGACCUGCGGGUGAAGCAGAAGACCUCCGGACUGUUCAGCCGGCUGUACUGUACAGCCAUGAAGAUCGCUCUCCUGUGCAGACCUCAGUUCUUCAACACUUACCCUUGCAAAGCAGCAUUUUUGUAGUAUUAAUCAGGUUUGUGAGUGUAAGUGUGUGACAGACAGAAGGUCUUCAUGAGGUGGGAAUCAUUUCUGCAAAUAUUACCUCAGUCCUUUCAGUUGGACAUCUGCAGUACGUCAAAGCUCUGUGUUCUGUGUUGCAGAAGAAGCCAGAGUGACCAGACUGUUAAAGAAUGAUCAUCUGCACGUCUAUGACCUGCACUAAUGAUGGCUUCUACUAUAAAAUGUGAAGAAAAAACGGAGAACGUGAAGUUUACAAGUUAUUUAAAUUCAUCCGUGUGUUUGGUUUGCAAAUUAACUUAUGUCUUUAUUUAAAAAAGAUA